CCGCUAUCCAGCGACCAGACAUCAUUGCCUCCAACAAUCGACGAUAAUGCUGCAGGAUUCCACUCUCUAAUCAACACAAAGCUCUUGGAGGUAGAGGAGGUCAAAUCGAGAAUUCACAUCAUGUCCAGGCGUUGGGACCAUAACGCCGAAUCGGACAGCGAGCUUGCCACCGCGUUGGAACGAGACCGGAGUCACAGAGAUGCAGGAUACGACAGAAUACAUGGAGACGACCCAAUCCCCGGCAUAUCAUCGACGAUAGCCAUGACCGGAGAUGUUGAAGAUGUCGAGGUUGAUAUUACUGCGGGGCAGAAGAUGCUAUCAGCAAUGUCUGGCAGCUUGCUGACUUCGCUUUUGGUAACUCCUCUUGAUGUUGUCCGCGUCCGCCUCCAAUCCCAACCAACACAGUCACCCCUUGCAUCCAUUCAACGGCUGGCGGCCUCCUCUCGACCCUUCAGUACGCUUCCACCGGACCUCGGAGUUGCGGCGUGUUGCCGAGAAGUCUUCUUUGCGAAUAACAAUGCCGAGUUUUGCCUGGCUGCGCCGAAGAUGGGGGAAGUUAAUUCAAUAGGUAUCGCGGAAUGUGCAGUGCAGGAGCAUCAAAAGCGGACAUUCAACUCCACGUUUGACGGAUUACGAAAGAUCGCGCGAAACGAAGGGUUUACCACACUAUGGAGAGGGCUGUCACCGACGUUGGUUAUGACAGUGCCGGCGAACAUCAUCUACUUCACCGGGUACGAAUGGUUACGAUCCAAUAAGCAAAGCCCUAUCUAUCGAACCGUCUCGGAUAACUACGCUCCAUUGGUAGCGGGAGCGACGGCUAGAAUACUUGCUGCCGGUGUAGUGAGCCCAAUCGAGAUGUUGAGGACCAGAAUGCAAGCAAGUCGAUCUACCGGAGGAUCACAUUUCAUGGAGGCAAUGAAGGGAAUCGGCGAGAUGGUGUCUAGCCAUGGAUAUGGCUCUCUGUGGCGCGGGUUGGCAUUGACGCUUUGGCGAGAUGUUCCAUUCUCUGGCAUUUACUGGUGGGGCUAUGAGAACAUGAGAGGCGCUUUGACAGAAGCACGGGAGCGAAGUCGAGGCCGAAGUUUGGAGGUCGAAGGGUCUAGAACUCGAGCACGAAGCAGAUCUCAAAGCCGUGAAAAUCACACCGCAACCUUCACAGACAGCUUUAUUGCGGGAGCAACAUCUGGGGCUGUUGCUUCCAUUUUAACCAUGCCAUUCGACGUGGGAAAGACCCGAAGGCAGAUUUUCAAAGACCCCGGUUCAACCCCAGGCAUAGAGAGGGUUCUGGCCCCCGAAGAACGAUCGAUGCCGAGAUUCCUUUGGCACAUUUUCAGAGAAGAGGGAAUUUCAGGCCUAUGGCGGGGAUGGAUCCCGCGGACAUUGAAGGUAGCGCCAGCGUGUGCGAUAAUGAUCAGUUGUUACGAAGUCGGGAAAAGAACAUUUCGGAGCGUGAAUGAGAGAGCAGAGCGAAAGCGUUUAGCGGCAUGAGAUGCACUUCCCUACUUAAUCUGGCGUAUGAAAAGGGGUUUGUCUGUAAUACCAGGGCUUGAUUUACUUUGCAUAGCGAUUUAGGCGUCUUUGCACUUAGACUUGUAUUAUAUUAUAGAGGCUAUACAGAGAUCUCUACCUAUUCUAUGAUUGAUAUUUAGGAAGCAAUUCAGCUCAUGAUUCUGCC